AACAGAGGGUGGGACGGGUAGCGAGAGCCAGCCUGUUGUUUCCUUUGGUUGUACCGUGCAGGCUACAGCUCGAAUAAGAAGGAAACUUGUAACCGUUUUUGUUUCAGUGGAACGAUGCCGUUUGAUUUUUGACUUCGUUGAGUCACCAUUUAACGGUAUCUGUCAUGCCAACUCAACUCCCACAACGACGCCGUCCUCUCUAUUCCCACCACUUUUCGUGGGUCUGAAGGACUCCCUUUCCCAUCCCCAAAUUUUGUAAAAGAAACACGGAAGUGUUUUUCUCUGUUUCCAAAUCUCCAAAUUUCCACAGAAAAAAAGAAAAAAAAUUUAAUUAUACAUAUAUAUUAUAUGUAUCUUCAGUAUUCAGAAUCUGAAAGCACUUUGCGAAAACGAAAAUUUUCUAGUUGGUUUUCACUUCGGUUUUAUGGAAAUUGAUUCGUCCCCAAUCAGCUCUUGCUCUAAGGAGCACCAACUGAUCUAUCAAGAAUGGUUUAAUUAUGCAGAUUCAGACUCUGAUGGUCGCAUUACGGGAAGUGAUGCUCUAAAAUUCUUCUCCAUGUCGAAUUUGUCUCGCGAAGAUCUUAAGCAGAUCUGGGCGAUUGCAGAUUCCAAAAGACAGGGAUAUCUUGGUUUUGGAGAGUUCAUUGCCGCUAUGCAGCUAGUUUCUUUGGCACAAGGUGGACAUGAGAUAACACGUGAUCUAUUGAACAACAAUGUUAACUUUGAAACUUUGAAACCUCCUGCUAUGGAAGGUUUGGAUGUAUUACAAUCAAAAAAAAAGCAUUUGCAGAAGUCAAAUGAGCUUAAUGUAAAUGGUAGGUCUGUAGUCCAACAAUCACCUUCAGCACAGUGGUUUUCUACAAAAUCAUCAAAAAAGGUUUCCCUUUCCUCUGUUACAUCAAUCAUUGAUGGUUUGAAGAAACUGUAUAUUAAGAAGCUGAAGCCAUUAGAAGUUACUUAUCGUUUCCAUGAUUUUGUAUCUCCAGCAUUGACUAAUAGUGAUUUUGAUGCCAAACCGAUGGUCAUGCUUUUGGGUCAAUACUCCACUGGAAAAACAACAUUCAUCAAACAUCUGCUCAAAAGUAGUUAUCCAGGAGCUCACAUUGGGCCUGAGCCUACAACUGACAGAUUUGUUGUAGUUAUGUCUGGACCUGAUGAAAGAAGUAUCCCUGGGAACACUGUUGCUGUCCAAGCUGACAUGCCAUUCAGUGGUCUUACAACUUUUGGAACAGCAUUCUUGUCAAAAUUUGAGUGUUCACAAAUGCCACAUCCUCUACUGGAGCACAUUACAUUUGUGGAUAGUCCUGGAGUUUUAUCGGGAGAGAAGCAACGAACCCAACGAGCCUACGAUUUUACUGGUGUGACUUCAUGGUUUGCUGCAAAAUGUGACCUGAUCCUACUUCUAUUUGAUCCUCACAAACUUGAUAUUAGUGAUGAAUUCAAACGUGUGAUUUCAUCUUUACGUGGUCAUGAUGAUAAGAUCCGGGUGGUUCUAAACAAGGCAGACCAGGUUGAUACCCAACAAUUAAUGAGGGUUUAUGGAGCAUUAAUGUGGUCACUCGGAAAGGUUAUUAAUACCCCUGAAGUCAUGCGUGUUUAUAUUGGAUCAUUCAAUGACAAACCUGUACGUGAAGCUGCUUCUGGCCCAAUAGGAAAAGAACUUUUUGAGAAGGAACAAGAGGAUCUUCUUGCAGACCUGAAAGAUAUUCCGAAGAAGGCUUGUGAUCGUAGAAUCAAUGAAUUUGUAAAGCGUGCUAGAGCUGCAAAGAUACAUGCUUAUAUUAUUAGCCAUCUAAGAAAGGAGAUGCCUUCUAUGAUAGGCAAAGCUAAGACUCAACAGAAACUUAUUGAUAAUUUGGCGGAUGAAUUUGGAAAGGUCCAAAGGGAGUUCCAUCUACCGCCUGGAGAUUUUCCAAAUGUUGAGCAUUUCAAGGAGGUAUUGAAUGGUUACAGCUUCGACAAGUUUGAGAAAUUGAAGACAAAAAUGAUACAAGGUGUCGAUGACAUGCUGGGUUAUGACAUUCCUGACCUCUUGAAGAAUUUUAGAAACCCUUAUGAUUAAGAAAUAAAAGGGGUGGUAGUACAUGUCGAAGGAGCUUAAAGGAGUCUCGUAGAUGUUGCCUUUGCUUUACUAAUAUUGUUGCCAUAUUAGUUUUUCCAGAGGUUGAAUUGUUUGAAUUAUUAUAGAAUCUUUGUAAGCUCAUCAUCUGUAUAUAAACACACUUAAAUUUAAAAACCAAUCAUAAUAAAUUUGAUUGUCUUUUGUUAGAAA